GGUUAUUUGAAUUAUUUUUUCCGGGAUACAGACCAUAAUAAUAACAACAAGGCUCCGGGACUGAAAUAGCGAUAUUUAUGCACGUCGAGUGUCCAUCUGGAGGAGCUUGGCAAUACGUCCGAAUGCAGGCCCGUGAAGCGCAACAGCAGGCCUCCUGUGACUAGACGCGAAAUGACGGACAAGUUUGAUCGCGCUCCCGGGGCGGAAAGAACGCGGCCCAAUCCGGUGGGCCCGGGAUUGAGUGAGCAAGACCCCAGAACUCCGAAAACGAGCCCUUUUCAACAGGAACCACUAAGGCAGCCAAAAACCAAUCCGUCUGUGGGGCAGAGCUGCGCCGGUGGAGAUACCAAAGGAUCAUCUCAGUCCCACCCUGGAGUGCAUGAGAAGUACUCAAAACUCAGUAUCAGCACACCAGUAGCCAAAUCACAUACUGUGGACUCCAGCCUAGUUAAUUCAAGAUUGUCUCCAAAUGCACCAGAAUUCUACCCAUCAAGUUACAUCUAUGCAGGAACAACAUAUGAAGAUGAAGGUCAAUUGUAUGGACAAUCUAAUGUAUCCCUUGCUGAUAUUGUGCAAGAUUUCCUGAACCAUCUCAAUGAUUCUCCAGCUUCCUUUGAAUCUGAUAUUGAAAGUUUUACUGUGAUACUCAAUGGGUGGGUCAACACAGAAGAAGCACUUUACGAACUUGUAGAAUUAAUAUAUCAACAGUCAACGUCUGUCGCAAACUUCUCCUACACAGGAGCACGGCUUUGCAAUCACUUAUCUCAUCAUGUAACUAUGGUUCUUCCAAGUGGCAACUUUCGAAGCAUCCUCCUGGAAAGGUGUCAAAAAGAAUAUGAAAAAAGAAAUGAAGCAGUACAUGGAGAUGAAAGUGUUAGAAAAAAAUUUCAUUCAUUUGUUCUUUUUCUGGGAGAGCUGUAUCUUAAUUUGGAGAUCAAAGGGUCAGGAGGGCAUAUUGUUCGAGCUGAUAUUCUACUAGAUGGUCUUCAAGAAUUGUUAAAGGCACUUCUGUCUAAUCCAGUGGAUAGCAAUUUAAUUUGUGCAGUAAAACUCUUAAAGUUAACUGGCUCUACUUUAGAAGACGCAUGGGCAGCCAAAAAAAAAUCGCAUAUGGAUGACCUAAUUCAAAGAAUUAAAACAAGUAUUCUUGAUGCAACAUCCAGCAGGGAUGUAAGAAAUAUGCUAAUGAACUUGGUGGAAUUGAGAUCCAGUGGUUGGGGGCGAGUACAAUGUGCAGCAUCAUAUAGUGAAGCUACUCCAGAGAAUGAUCCAAACUAUUUCAUGAAUGAGCCCACGUUUUACACUGAAGAAGGUGUUCCUUUUACUGCUGCAGACCCAGAGUAUUCUGAAAAAUAUCAAGAAAUGCUUGACCAGGAAGAUUUCUUUGCUGCUUAUUUUGAGGAGAAUGGUACAGAUGCUCAUGGAGGAAAUGAUGGGUAUUUUGAAGAUGAAGAAGAAAUGGACCCGGAGAUGGAAGAAGCCUUUGAAAAAUUUUGCUUGGAAUCGCAAAAAAAGUAAAACCAAUGAAAAAGAAAGCCGAUUAAAGCAGUGGUGGACAGCUGUAGCAGAUCCUAGCAUCUGUAGAUUUUCAUUGCAGUUAGCCUCCAAAUGUGACAUGUCUUCAGGAGAACAAGUGUAAUUAAGCAAGUAUUUCAACAGAAGGCAGAAGUUUGUCAUGAAAAAAGUGUCUGCACUGAAAAUCUGCAGACAUUGUCCCCUUAAUGCCAUUUUUUUCUCUACUGAAUUAGAUGCUCUUUUUUCAUACUGCAGGAAUGUUUGUGGCUGAAUUAAAUGUGUAUUAAAAACUCAAGUUU